GUAACACAAGAGCAGAAGCGGUAUGUGUCAAACUUUAAAUAGUUUAAUUACCUUCCAAAGGCGGACCUGCCAAAACGAACAGGAAACCGUAGCCGAAAGGUCAAGUUCCCACAAAUGCGAUUCGUGCACCGAUAAUCCUGUCCAUUUCAUCUGAAAGGCUUAUAAAUAGCGUGCCAUCGCUGAUCAAAUGAAUCAGAUGGACAUCUGUCUUCGACUUAUUCAGAGCUAAAUUGAGCAAGUGCCUCAGACGCUGGACACGUUUUCUUUGCCUUUUGAAACACGUUUUGAGUUUUUUUUCUGCUGUUAAUCGAUUUGUGAGGAUGGUGGACGAAGGAAAGCCUAGAGAUUGGGAAGACAUAGCGUUUCGUCUGUUAGGUAUGUAUUCUCUCUCUUUUCUGUUUGCCCAGUUAAGUAGUAAAGUCACGAGUACGAACGGGCCCCGUCUUCGCUGCAACCUUAUUCGGUGUCGGUUGGAAACGGGAAGGUUUUGUUUCUUAGUCUAAUAACUGCCUUAGAAUCCUUCGUAAUUUCUGAUCACUGGGCAUUAAUAACUGUAAACUGAGAGUAGGAAAGCAAUUAAUUCCAAACACAGUCUUUUGUGGUAAAGUCUUUGGUUGGGAGGUGGUACAAUUAUCUCCACAUGCAAUCGACACUACUGUUCGAUUCCAAAAUCGUAAGAGUAUCGUGGAAAAGUUCUAGAUGAGUUUCGAUCUACAGAUGCAAUUUAUCCAAGAUAAUGGCGUGCAUUUUGCAGUAAGCAAGCUUGUGACUGACAAUUUAUCUCAAUCUAUCAUUACAGCUCUUUGUGGAGGCGAAAAAUACGACAUUUUAGAAGACAUGGGAUUUAGCGCUCGAAAUCGAAGAAAACAAUCGCUGCAAAGUAGUGAACCAAGACCUUCUUUUGACAAUUCCUUGCUUAGAAGACUGUCCACGGAAUCAACGGAUUCCCAGGAAGAAGUAAGAUUAGUUUCUUCUACAUCAGAGCCUGAACUGCAGCGAACAAGGAGUUUUUCAACAGAAGGGUGUCACCUGAGAACUUUAAGUGAGAAAACCACGAAAGUUAUCAAACAGCAAAAGUCGAAUUCAUUAGACUUGGAUUUGUCUAGUUUUGACUUUUCGGAGCUAAGGAGCAAGAGCUUGAGUUCUACCGAAUGCUGAGUCAUCUCUUACCUAAUCCUUUACUUCUGGAGGAACUUUGUUGAAAUGUUCCUUAUCUAAUGACUCCACUGGUGUGACUACUCACAUGAACUGAGCUUUACUGGACUGGUGACAUUUCAUUCACCAUACGUGCGGUAGGAGAAAUUGGACGAUUAUAUUUUCUUGAAUUCUUGAUGAACAUUAUAAGGAAACAUAUAAAACUGAUCAGCUAGUUACCUCUAUUUAUGCUAAAGAAUAUAAUAUAUAUUAGAUAUUUUUGUAAAUAUUCGUUACUCUGUGAGUCUCUCGGGACAAAACAAGCUGUCAACCGAUCGAGUUAACGGCGGUGAUAUUACAUUAGCUAACGAAUUACAAUUUCAUCUGUAGUAUAUUUUCAUUUUAAAAAAUAAAACGUUUCUUAGAAAGGUUGCAUGGAAUUUGUCACUUACUGCUCGCGUCGAACGAACGAAAGAGCAAAUAAUUUGUAGGGAAUGCAUCACUUUCUUUCCUCCAAGUUACAAAGAGGACAAAGAACCAAUGCGUGGGAGUAGUAAAACACCCUUUGUCCUUAUUUUCAAGUUUAUUUAAUUAUAUUUUUUUUUGUCUAAAAUCCACUUUUACCUUUUGUUCUUAGACUAAGACGUUUUCUUAAACAAACAAACAACGCUGAAACGUUGAAGCUUCACGGAGUUUACUUCUUCAGCUGCUAGAUGGCCUUCUCUGAAAAAAAAUAUCAGUAAAAAUCGUAAACCGAAGGCUCCUGUCUAUUACAAGUAUAUAUAGCAAAAGAUGGAUAUCUGUAAAAAUUGUAUAUUUAGAACUUAUUUUUCUUCACAACAAAAGUAUCGAUUUCAAGCCUCAAUAAAAUUCUGACCUUGAAGCAAAACACUUAGGAGAAGUUUGUCAAAACUAAAAAUAUAUCAGCGUUUUCUUUCGAAACAUUACGAAGCACUAAAAGAUGAGCUGGACAUUUGUAGUUACAUGUACACAGGAAGAGUUUUCAAAUUUUUUCUAGUAUUUCCUGCCUUGAGCAUGACGGGGUCGCAGAUUCAAGCUAGAGUAUUCCGGGACGUGAGCUAACAGACGUCACUGAUCUAUCCUCUUAGCUCUCCAGUUACCGGCGCAUUUCUUUGGGGAUUUGUAAAGCGGAAUUAGAAAAAAUUGAGAUAAGAGACAAUUCUUGUUAGGUCAUAUGCUUAAGGACUUCAUCCGUUAUCACAAGAUAUUUUAAAUUGUUCUAGAAUUUUCCGUGAGGAAUGAAAUAUUUAUAUACAGUCUAACAAUAAAGCUAACUGAGACCUUAUUGAUGUUAUGCUAUCUUAUUCUUGAUUGGUUGACUAUCGCUUUUUAAUUAACUCUAAAACUAAAAGCGAUCCGCCAUUCAAUAAUAUAUAUCAUGCAUUGCUAUACUUUAGUUGCUUAAGAGCAGAUCGGAAGACCAAGGAAGGAAUGAAUUAACAGAAUAUUCGCUGUUUACCGUCAUUGACGGUUGAUGUAAUACUGUUCUUAAACUUAAAUUGAGCUAAAGCAGUUCAUCGUCGGGAUCGAUAAAUCUGUUAUACUUUUACCAGCCUAAUACUAUAUAUUAACUAUUAUAUUAACCUUAACAAAAGUAACCAUUAAUAACAUCAAAAGCUAAUUUUUCUUUGCUUAGAUAUCCUUUCAAACUUCCGGGGGGAAAUCGAAGAAUAUUAACUAAGAGUUUCAAGCGUUCUCUUUCUAAGGGGUAAAAUGUUUCUGGUUUUAUCAGAUCACUAAGCUAAGAUUUCGCGAAAGUAAGCAAAUUCGACAGGUG